AUGGUCCAGAUCAGCGAAGUGAAAGGCAAUUCGCGUGAGAACCGGACCGCAGCACACACACAUAUCAAGGGCCUUGGGUUACGUGCUGAUGGAACUGCAGAGGCUUCUGGUGAUGGUUUCAUUGGACAGGCCGCUGCCCGUGAGGCAUGCGGUGUCGUGGUGGAUCUGAUCAAAGCGAAGAAGAUGGCUGGACGCGCUGUUCUCCUUGCCGGUGGUCCGGGAACCGGAAAGACUGCUCUUGCUCUCGCUGUGUCGCAGGAGCUGGGUACCAAGGUACCAUUCUGUCCGAUUGUGGGCAGUGAGAUCUACUCCUCUGAGGUGAAGAAGACUGAGGCACUGAUGGAGAACUUCCGCAGAGCGAUUGGUCUCCGCGUGCGUGAAACCAAAGAAGUGUACGAAGGUGAAGUGACAGAGCUGACGCCCGAGGAGACCGAAAACCCAUUGGGAGGCUAUGGUCGGACAAUUAGCCAUUUGAUUAUCGGAUUGAAGUCUGCAAAGGGUACUAAGAAACUCCGCUUAGACCCUAGUAUCUACGAAGCCAUUCAAAAGGAACGAGUGACCGUUGGAGACGUCAUCUACAUCGAAGCGAAUACCGGAGCUUGCAAGCGAGUUGGACGAUCCGAUGCGUAUGCGACCGAAUUCGAUCUCGAAGCCGAAGAAUACGUUCCUGUCCCGAAAGGCGAAGUCCACAAAAAGAAGGAAAUUGUGCAGGACGUGACGCUGCAUGACCUGGACAUGGCCAAUGCCAGGCCACAAGGCGGACAGGAUGUCAUGAGCAUGAUGGGACAACUCAUGAAGCCCAAAAAGACCGAGAUUACGGAUAAGCUGCGUCAGGAAAUCAACAAAGUGGUCAACCGCUAUAUUGAUCAAGGCGUCGCCGAACUUGUCCCCGGUGUCCUCUUCAUCGACGAGGUCCACAUGCUGGACAUCGAAUGCUUCACAUAUCUGAACAGGGCCCUUGAGUCUACCAUCUCCCCUAUUGUCAUCCUUGCCUCCAACCGCGGACACACAGUCAUCCGCGGCACCGACGACAUCAGCGCUGCCCACGGCGUUCCCUCCGAUCUUCUCGCCCGUCUCCUUAUCAUCCCCACCUACCCUUACGCGCCCGACGAGAUCAAGACGAUCAUUCGCCUGCGUGCCAAGACCGAAGGCCUCAACAUCACCGACCCGGCUCUCGACAAGGUCUCCGAACACGGUAGCAAAGUCAGCUUGCGGUAUGCCCUGCAACUGCUGACGCCCGCAAGCAUCCUGGCGCGUGUCAAUGGACGACCAGGAGGCAUCGAGGAGGUCGAUGUAGCAGAAUGUGAAGAUCUCUUCCUGGAUGCGAAGAGAAGCGCCACAAUCGUGAACCAGGACAGUGACAAGUUCCUGUAG